CUUUGCCAUCGAACCAACACCCCAACUCAUCCCCGCAAUCGAACGCUCAGUCGGCGUGUGAGAAAGAAAGCGCCACUAGCGCACGACAGUCACCUCUUCGACGUGGAAAGUAGCCCCUUAAUUACACAUAUAGCCACAGAGCAGCAACGGAACUUCUUCUCGUUCUCCCCACCUCAGUUCGCCACCAUGUCGUCGCCCACACCCGCGACAUCCUCCCCGCCACCCUCUUCCUCCAAUCUGUCCGAGUCCGAUGCCGACCUCGAAGAGCUUCAACGCGCCGUCCUCGAGAUCCCGGAUAGCGAUGAUGGCCAACUCGGAGGCGAGGAAGAGGCAAUCGAGAUACUAAGCACCGCAACGACGGAUUGGGAUCCCUCCUCGCCCUCCCCUGCGGCUCCUAUCCAAGACCUCCCACCGGGCAGUGGUCCUCUAGUCGGCUCUGGACCUCAAGGAGAGUGGGAGCUCUCCGACUGGUUGCGAGCUUCAGAACAAGGUUUGGGAGCUGCCUCAUCCGCCUCGUCGGCAGGCUUUAGCGUCGCGAGGGGGGUGACGAGCUUUGGACUUACAAUGGCCAAGCGUUUCACUCAGCUUGCCGUGGCACUCCCUGCCCUCCUCAUCGACUCGGCCAAUGGCUCCGUUCCCGGCUCAGAGCAGGCAACAUUCGGUGCCUUGGCUCACUCGAGUGUUGGGGGUUUCUACGACUUGAUCAGUACGUUGGCGCUGGGCGGUAUCGAUAUUGGAUCCGCCUUGACUUCCGCCGGGCUGGGCGCCGCUUCGAGUGGCGUGGAGGGGACGAGACGAGCGCUAGGAUCUGAAGUCACUCGAUCACUCGGGCAGUUCGCUCAGCUAGUCAAGCGCGAAUGGAACGCGCAAGGCGGCUUUCUCCCUCCCGGCGGCUUGCCACCAUUCGGCCUCACGGGCGUGACGCGAGCGCUGCUGGUGUGGAUCUGCAUUCAGAUGGUCACGCGCCGCGAAUACGAGAAGGGUAUGCUCAAAGAGCUGGGCGAGAUUGACGCAGUCGCUAUGCGCAAGGAGAUCGAGCACGAGCACGAGCAGGAGAGACAGAGGACGGCGAGGUUGAAUUCGGUCCGCAUUACGGCUGCAUCCGUUGGGCCGAAUGGUGAAGUGAUCGGUGCCGAAGUGGGAGCGGGUAGUGCCGAUGAGUCGAGCACAACCACCUCACCCACUGCGACCUCUGUAGCGCCACUCACUGACCGUGAGGCCAUGGCUGGACUACUGCGCUACUCUUCGCUCGUCCUGGCCGUCUACGGUGGCACAGCCCUGGCAUGGCUGGGCGCCCUACCCAAGGAGCAAGCUGAUGCUGCUCGCGUUCCUCGGCCUACACCAGCAUCACAAGGACUGCGCGAUAAUGGCCCUUUACCCGCCGACGGUCUGACUCGGGAGCAAGAUGAGGAGCAAUUCCUGCGAGCUGCGGCUAUGAUGGAUCUCACGGAGACGGAGCGGGAAGAAGAGGAACGAAGAUUCGCAAGGGCAGGCAACAGGCCCAUGGUCGACAGCUCUGGCCAAGUCAUCUUCGACGCCGGUGAUGUGCCCGGUGCAUUCACACCACGAGCCGCGGCGCCUGGAACCCCUGGAUCAUCUGCGGCAGCCGAUCCCUCGACCUCGACCACCACUGCUUCUGCAGCCCCGAAUACAGCCACAACAACGUCCGCGUACACGUAUCUCGGCCUCCUCUCGGGCGAGCACGACGAAGAGCUGUUCCAUCGCGUCAGCCAGCUUGAUCCUGAGCACGUCCGCCCAGGCUCAUACCAGCCACACCGGGAUGACCCGCCCGAGCAGCCGCGCCCUGCAGGAUCUGUUGCUCGUCCCAGCCAACCGCGCUACUACAUCGUCACCGAUCACAAGGCGCAGAAGGUCGUGCUGGUGCUGCGCGGCAGUCUCUCCCUGGGCGACAUCGCUGCAGAUUUGACGUGCGAGAGUCGCGAGUUCACGUUCCCAGGCUCGAAGGAAGAGGCUUCUGCCACAGCUGCGACGUCCGCGGCAGGUGUCCCGUUCCCCGCCACCGACGCCUCAACAUCGAUGCACAAUAGCGCUGCGCAGCCCGAGCCAGCACGACACGUCGUCCAUGAAGGCAUGUUCGAGACAUCCCUCCUUGUCGGGUCGCCCGGCGCACCCGUGCACCGAGCGGUGCGUCUCGCACUGGAGGCCUCCCCUUCGUACUCCCUCGACAUCACCGGCCAUUCCCUCGGCGGCGGUGUGGCGUCAAUUCUCGCCAUCCUCUGGGCGGACCCCAAGACCUGCCUCACCACCUCUGCUUCCGGUCUCCCCGCCGGUCGUCGCUUGCACGCCUACUGCUACGGCUGCCCUGCGACGAUGAGUCGCGAGCUGGGCGACAUGACAACGGCGCUCAUCACGACGUACGCCUACUCGUACGACCUGGUCUGCCGCCUCUCACUCGGCUCAAUUCUUGACAUUCGCAACGCCUCGGCCUGGAUCCUCUACGAGGACCAAGAAGCGCAACGACGCGCCGCCUCCACUCCUCAACAGGAUCAGCGCGGCUUUGACCCCUCGGAUCGCUCUACGCCGAUGCGAGUCGCAACUGUCAUGCGUCGUGCAUUCGAGCAUCAGGCGGGCAGGCUGGAUGGAGACCCCGAGGCGAAGGCUGAGAUGGAGCGAGACUUCUUGGCGCUAAGGAGGACGCUUGAGGCGAACAUGCACAACGUCCACCUGUACCCUCCCGGGCAGGUGGUUUACCUGUUCAGGGAGGGGGAUCUACUCCAGAGCCACUUUGAGACGGAGAUUGCGGCGCCGGUGAGCGAGGAAACUGCGGUUCCCGCCCCUUCUGUAGCCAAAGCUACGGAUAGGCAACGGGCAUUCAUGCUGCGUGGGAGGAGAGACAAGGUCUUCGAUCAGAUCGUCAUGUCGAGGAAGCUGCUCAGCUGUCAUAUGCCGCAACAUUAUGACUUGGCGCUGCGAGGGCUGGAAUGAGGGUUAGAGAGAGGGGUUGAGGGCAGUAUCACGACGCGGACCUUCUCCUUGCAUGCAAUACCAUUGAUGAGAUUUCUUUGAACCUACAAC